AUGGGGACCCAGGAACAACAACCUCUUCUACAACCGUCAACCCACUACCAUGACAUACCGGAAAGCCACCAGAGGUCUUUCGGUGCCUCUGACGAGUCUCACACUCUACUUCCCGACUCUCUGCCAGGAGCGACCUAUACCAAAACGCUGAACUGGUCAAGCGCGUACAUACUGGUUGUGUCACGAGUCAUUGGAAGUGGGAUAUUUGCUACACCAGGUUCCAUCGUCAAGUCUGCCGGAAGCAUCGGAUUAACGCUUCUAGUAUGGCUAGUGGGAACGAUCUUGUCAGGCUGCGGUCUCGCCGUCUCCAUGGAGUAUGGCUGUAUGCUCCCCCGCUCCGGGGGAGAAAAGGUGUACCUCGAGUAUGCUUAUCCGCGACCGCGAUUUCUUGCUUCUAGUCUCAUUGCUGUCCAAGCUGUGCUUUUAGGAUUUACCGCAAGCAACUCCAUCAUAUUUUCGAAGUACACAUUUUUCGCACUCGAUAUUGAGCCCACUGAACUUCAGCAUAAGCUCCUUGCAAUAGGACUCCUGACAGCCAUCACUAUUGUUCAUGGUGUGUUUUUGAAAACCGGUAUCUUCGUUCAGAAUGUCCUCGGGUGGGUCAAGAUUUUCUUGAUCGGCGCAAUGUCGCUCACUGGAAUCUGGGUUGUUUUCCUCCGAUUCAGUGGUGACAUUGGCGACAUAUCCCCGGGGACAAGCGUGGGUGCCUUUUCCUGGGAUUCAAUCUGGAAAGAUUCGAACUGGAGCUGGAGUCUGUUGUCAACUGCUUUGUUCAAGGUUUACUAUUCCUAUGCAGGACUGAGUAACAUCAACAAUGUCCUGAACGAGGUACAUGAUCCAGUUGGGAUAGUCAAGACUGUCUGUCCCACUGCACUUCUGACAGCAGGAAUCUUAUAUUUCCUUGCCAAUCUCUCUUAUUUCCUUGUGAUUCCACUUGAGGAGAUCAAGAAUAGUGGAGAGCUGGUCGGCGCUUUGCUUUUCGAAAGACUAUUCGGCGAUCACAUUGGGAGGAUUUUCUUUCCUCUGGCUAUUGCCAUUUCUGCUGCAGGAAAUGUGAUGGUAGUAACCUUUGCUCUGGCACGGGUCAAUCAAGAGAUAGCCAGACAAGGGUUCUUACCUUGGCAGAAUGCUCUCUCUUCUACGAAACCAUUUGGAACUCCACUUGGUGGUCUCAUUGUGCACUACAUUCCUUCUGUUCUGGUUAUAGGUCUACCACCUCAAGGCGAUGUCUACAACUUUAUCCUAGACUUGGAAGCAUAUCCAGGUCAGGUAGCUGCUCUAGCGGUUACUGUUGGAUUGCUGAUAGUUCGUUAUCGAGAGCCAGAUCUCCCAAGACCCUUCAAAGCCUGGUUGCCAGCUGUCUGGCUACGUGUUGCGGUCUGCCUUACCCUGCUAGUAACACCCUUCAUUCCACCGCCCAACUGGCAAGGUGAUGUUGAUUUCUUUUACGCUACCUAUGCCUUAGUUGGUAUCGGCAUAAUAAUCUUCGGUAUCUUGUACUGGUAUGUUUGGACCGUGAUACUUCCACGAAAUGGGGGUUACAAACUCGAAGAGGAGAAGGAGAUCCUGGCCGAUGGCACGAGUAUCAUUAAACUUGUUCGCACACAUGAUCUAUAA